AUGGAGAAGCGCAUCCAGGCAGUCCUCAACCACCUUGCAGAUCGACCGAUCGCUCAUACCACAAAAGAACGAGAGGCAUCGCCACCAACAACCCGGCCGGGCGUUGUGCUCCUACAUAGCCGAGUCCUUGAUUCCAACAAGCUCAUCUCCAUUGCCGAGAUUGUCAAGCAGCGUGUGCGGGAAGGCUAUUAUGCUCGGGGAGCGGAAGGCGCGGGCGCUACGGGGGCGUCCAAGAAGCAGGGAAAGAAGGGUUCAAAACUGUCAAAGAUGUCGUGGUAUCAAUACAACCGGAUCUACGAUGUUGUGUCUGCACCCGGCGCAGCGGACACCGCACCCGGUGCGGGGGAUGACGAGGAUGACGGCUUUGCACCUAUGAUGCACAGGUUCACAGAAGCAAUGUCGGGAAAGAAAGCCUUGCAGGGGCGGGCAAAUAUCACAACCUACGUGAGCAUUGUCCUGUCACGGACUCCCAUCGCGGAAUUGCAAAAGAACCCAGAAAUAUCUGUCCAGGCCAGCACUGACCCAUUGGAGGUUGAGUUUGAGCAGUGGAUGGCCAGGACUUGA